GGGAGAGAAGCAAGCCGGGCCGGAGCCGAGCCGGGUGUGUGUGGUGGUGCGUGUGGCGUGUGGCGCGAGUGGGAGCGUGUGUGAGGGAGGGCGGGCGGCGGGAAGCGAGUGCGAGGGGCCGAGCCGAGUCAAGCCGCCGCGAUGAACACGGUUCUGUCGCGGGCGAACUCCCUCUUCGCCUUCUCGCUGAGCGUGAUGGCGGCGCUGACCUUCGGCUGCUUCAUCACCACCGCCUUCAAAGACAGAAGCGUCCCGGUCCGGCUGCACGUCUCCCGAAUCAUGCUAAAAAAUGUAGAAGACUUCACUGGACCUAGAGAACGAAGUGAUCUGGGAUUCAUUACUUUUGAUGUGACUGCUGAUCUAGAGAAUAUAUUUGACUGGAAUGUAAAACAAUUAUUUCUAUACUUAUCAGCAGAAUAUUCAACAAAAAAUAACGCUCUGAACCAGGUUGUCCUUUGGGACAAGAUCAUUCUGAGAGGCGAUAAUCCGAAGCUGCUGCUGAAAGAUAUGAAAUCAAAAUAUUUUUUCUUUGACGAUGGAAAUGGUCUCAAGGGAAACAGGAAUGUCACUUUAACCCUCUCUUGGAAUGUUGUACCAAAUGCUGGAAUUCUACCUCUUGUGACAGGAUCAGGACAUGUCUCUAUUCCAUUCCCAGAUACAUAUGAAAUAACAAAGAGUUAUUAAAUUAUUAUUCUGAAUUUGAACAACAUAUUUUUAUACUUAAUGAAUUUUAUCUCAUUUGCCCCAUCCUUUUCCUGCUCCCUCUUCUUUUGUCCUGAAAGCAAGAGACACUUGCUUUUGGUUGUAACUUUUACAAAAAAUUAGGUUUCUUUUGGUUUUUGUUUUUUUACAAGAGCCAACAUUGAAAAACAUAACUGAAAGGAAAGGUAAAUGGGUGACAGAAUUUUUUUUUAAAUUGGCCACCUCAAUGAAGUAUUACCUUUCUUAUUAAUAAAAGUUGAAAAGCCCUCAAAUAGUCUUGAUUUGUAAAAUAUCUAUUUGAAGUAUUCUCUGCAUUUCCAUUAUUCUUAUGGAAUAUAAAGUGAAGAGCAUGAAGGGUAGUUAAAACUUCCAGGUGCCUGUAGAGUCAUAAGAACUCUGUAUUAUAUGCCUUCCAUUCAUGCAAAUAAGCAUUUGAUGUGAUUCAGAUGUAGACAUCCUCUUUUAUCUUUUCUGAGUAUGUCUGAUAACUGGCAAAAUACUGUCAUAUAUUGUUACAUAAUAGAAGUCUGGUUUACAAAAUAGCUGAAAGUGACUAAUUGUUACUUAGGAAUGCCCAUAUUUCUUUUCUUUUUUUUUUUUUUUUCACAUACAGGUAACUAGCAAUUUUCUCCACUUAAAGGCUAAAUACCUCUUUAUAUCCUGUAAACCAGUCUGUAACAAAACUUUUUAAAGCCUCUUAAGUGAACCAAUGUGUGUCUUUUAAGUUUUUUUUUUUUUUUUUUUGACCUUUCCUUCCUGUGAUAUCUUUAUAUAACUUCUUUGCAUUGUCACCAAGAGUUGAAGAUUUCAGCAUGGUUUGCCCCCCCUUUAUAACAAGUCUAUCCUGGUGAGCAUGCCUUGUGUCAUUGAAGGGGGAUUAUUUAAAAGCUUCCACCAGUCUACACUUUGAUACUAAUGGUAUGAAAAUAGAACCAGCUUGACACAGCUUACAGGCCAGUCUACAGAGCCAUAUCUGGUCAUCAUGUUUGUUACUUUUUAAUGCCUUGUGCUCUGCUACCUGAAAUAAUAUCAUCUGUGUGAGGGGGAAGGAGUGACUGUAGAACCUUGUCCUGAGUACCUGUUCAUGAAAUUUAUUUAUAGACAUCUUAAACAUUUUUAUUUUGUGGAAAUUGAAAGUUAGAAGGGACCUCAUAGUUACAAACCAAUUCUUUUGCAUGCUCAGUUAUAAACAGACUACAGUUGGCCAUAGUUAGCAUUAGCAUACACCUUCAUUUAGAGCAGAUCAAACAGGGAUACAGCAGGUAACAUAUUUGCAAUUAACAUUAAACUUUUAUAUAAAUUGGCCUUAAAAGUGGAAAAUAGGAAACCAGAGAUAAACUUUACCCUCGAGUACGUUUAAUAUGGUAAUUGCAUAACUGGCAACAAUCAAAUGGCUAAUUAUUUUAUUAAGAAUUAUUCAUAUUGCCUAACAAAAUUAUAUUUCACACUUUUUUAUAAAUGCAAAUUUAGUGAGUUGCUAUUAUAAUUAUAACCCAUUUAUAAAUCCUAGUCUUGGACUUAUUGACAGAUUUCAUCUGGAUUGAAUUUCAUUUCUCAAGAUUCAAGGGAAGGAAAAUAAGAUAAAUUUUUCAGAUAGGGGUUCCUUUUAGCACAAGGGAAACUGCUUAAGAAAACAGCCUAUGGAAUGAGGAGGAACACUAAUAUUUGGAAAGAUAACCUUUGAUCUGGCUUUUCCUUGUCCAAACAAAGUAAUUUUCUCUACAGAUUCCCCCAGGCCUUGCAAAUUUAAAUCCCUUUAGCUAAUAUGGACUGACAACCAACUUGGAAAUUUGGAGCCUCGACAGGCACUGAAACUACAGUAAUUGAGCUUAAACAAUAAGGGCAUAGCUUGAUCUUGUGAAGAAAACAAUGGUGUACAACAAAUCUACUCUUUAGCCAAUAACUUAUUUGAGCUGUUAGAUAGUGGCUAAAGUUAAAGCAUAAUUGAUUAUAAGACCUCUAUUUGCAUUGAGUGAAUUUAAUAGAGACGAAAAUUAUGAUUAAUCUGAUGUUAUUUGUUGAAUUGAUGUGUUAAUUAGGAACAAAAUAUAGUAUCACCCCAUUUAACCUAGAUAAUCUUACCAUAGAGCAGUUUGGUUUACCUAUUAGUCCAUUUUGUGUGAAUUUGCUCAGGGUAAGGAUAUUCCAGUUUCUGAAUAAGGGGUUUGUAUAUUCAGUUACAAUUCGGAGGCUUCAUGAUCCUCCAUAAGACACUAAAUCAACUUGUGUCAAAAUUAUUUUUGAAAGAGGUUUCAUAAAAAAGUAGAAACAAACUUGUUACUGGCUUAAGUAGAAAUGCAUGCAAAGUACACAAAUAUUCAGAAAUGCAUGAGAAAAAAAAUUUUAAAAAGUUUAAAAAGUCCUGAAAAAACUGGGCAAUUGGAAGCCACCCAGUAAAUUAAUCUUAGUUUAAAAAAAAGGCUGAUGAAAAAAACUAAGGCUUCAGACUGCCUACAUUUUGGUUAACAGUAGGUUAAAAGUUAAAUCCAUAUUUUCCUUUGAUCAAAAUUGCAGUUUCUGUAGUGGCAGUGUUGGGUUAAAAUACAGAAUAGAAGUUUUUGAGAAAUAAGUUGAGUAAAUUUUCAUCUAACUCUAAAAUUGCAUCCUCCAAUAACAAACAUUUUCCUCCUACCACUUGUAGGACUACCCAUUCUGCAGACAGGCCUAAAUUAGGUUUCUUUAGUUGAUGGCCCUUAAGAGUUAGAAUUAUCAUAGUAAUUAAGUGACUCCACAGAAAAUUGCAAUCAGGUACAUUUAGAUGCAAAUCUUGAGUCAAAAAAGUGGAGGCUGUACAGCUUUUUGUUUGGAAAUUCUAGGUUACAUAUGAUGCAGCUUGAUUGAGGGUUCCAGUCCCUGGUGUGGGUGCUAGUUAAUCAGGUUGUUACUGUGUGUGUAGUUUGAAAUGAAGUGAAAUUCUUGGUGUUGUGAAAAGCCAUAAGCUGUGAACUUUGGUAAUGUUGGUAGUAACCAGAUUUAUGCCCAUACCUUUCUAAUACUUUCCUUGCUUUAGCAGAGACUGUUUACAUGAUGACAUGAAGCAAUUUUUGUUGUGACUGCCAAUGGCUUAGAGAAAACUGUUUAAAAAAAAAAGUUGCAUAUUUUUAAUGCAGUUUGGGCAAUUGUUUACUUACUACAUAAAGAUUUCAUGAGGAAAACAAAUAAUGGAAGUACUAAAGACAUAAUGAGGAUUUUCUUAAUUGCAAUAAGUAUUCAGCGUUUUUAUUAAUAAAAUAAAUUUGGUUUAUAAGUAAAUGAUGCAUCUUAAAAGAAUUUUGGGAGUCUUGCUUUUUGUGUGAAACUGUUAAUGUAAAAAUAAAUGAGACACCAAGAGUAGACAUAAUUUAUUAAGUGAAAUAAUGUAUUUAUUAUUAAAGGUAAGAUGCCUAAAAUCACUACAUCAUAUUUAAAAUAAAAAUAAUGCCUUGUGUGCCUACUAU